GUACGACUUGCAGACGAUAGAGCUCUUGAGGUGACGGGCAUGGGUGACAUGGUGUUGAAGACCUCAGUCGGUCUCUGGACUUUGAAGGAUGUCAGAGUGGUUUCAACCUUGAAGAAAAGUUUGUUUUCUGUUAGGCAGUUGGACGAACAGGGACGUGAGGUGAAGUUCAGAGAUGGGCAGUGGAAGGUCGUGAAGGGAAAUCUUGUCAUGGCCCGUGGAAAGAAGAGGGGUUCGCUGUAUAUGGUCGAGUUACCAUCUGAGGGAGUGACCGUCCCAGUUCAGAAGAGAAACAAAGUCCGGUUCACAGAGCCUCGUGGGCAGAAUAAGGUUGUCUGUGCAAGAGAGAAACCUAGAGCCACUGGUCAGACUCAGGAUGAACGAGCGUGGAAAGGUUCAAGGGGGCCAGUCAGAGGUAUUUGUGGCUGUGGGAGCUCAAGAGGCGCUUCAGCCAAGUUGCCUAGAAGACAGUGUGUCAGGAGAACCAGUAUUCCAGCUAAUGGAACAUCUCUAGAAAAUUUCUUGCUGAGUACGAAGAGUGUUUGUUCUCAGGAUGUUUCAGGAUCCGGGAGUGUGCAUCUGCAGUGGGAGCCGGUAGGGACUGAGGACGAGUCAGGGGCAGAUUUUGCCGUGACUGAUGUGUUGGAGCUUGGGAGAGCUUCAACGGGUCUUUCAGUUGUCUGAUGAGAGGACCGCUGCAACAGGAGAGCUGAGGAAGAUUACUCGAUGUACAGGCAAUCGUGGUGGAUGACAGUUGAUGACUAUCAAGCCUCCAAGUAGGAGAAUGUUGGGCUUUGUGGAGGCUUGUUUGUCGGCCCGGCCCAGUUGUGCGUAGCCCUAGCUUUUCCCUAUAUAUAGAGGGCUUGUAUUUUGUAAUCUUGGGACCACAAGUGAAAUAAGAAAACCCUCCUGUUAUAGCCGUGGAUUAGGAAAACCGAAUCACAUUAAAUUCUUGUGUUUCGU